AAAUCAGCCCCAAAAGAGAAGUCAUAUUGAUUGAGAAAAACGUAAAAAAAAAAAUAUAUAUAUAUAUAAAAUAAAAAACAAAUAAAAAGAAAAUAUAUAUAUAUAUAUAGGAAAUAAUCUAAUGAAGAUCCAGUGUGAUGUGUGUGAAAAAGACGAAGCGGUUUUAUUCUGCGUGGCCGACGAGGCCGCCCUGUGCGCCGCCUGCGACCACCGCGUCCACCACGCGAACAAGCUCGCCGGAAAACACCACAGAUUCUCUCUCCACCGCCCCGAAGCUUCUCUCUGUGAUAUCUGCCAGGACAAAACAGCUUUCUUGUUUUGCCAACAAGACAGAGCUCUCUUAUGCAGUGAAUGUGAUAUCCCCAUACACAAAGCCAACGAGCUUACUCAGAAGCACACAAGAUUUCUCCUAACAGGAAUCAAACUCUCUCCAAAUCCGAUUCCUUAUUCCAAUCAACCGCCAUCUUCGGAAUCCACAAACUCGACAAAUAACAAAUCAUCACUAGUCGUUCCCGACGUGAAAAAUCCCGAGAACGUCAAACAAGUUUGCUCGAUUGCCCAAGCAUGUACACCUCCCAAAGCCAAGUGUACAACCGCCCAAAGCACACCGGCCUUGGCGCCUGAGAAAUUUAGUAAUGAUAACCCUUUGAUGGGUUUCGAUUGCUCGGCAAGUAGCAUCUCCGAGUACGUGGAGACGUUACCCGGUUGGCACGUUGAGGAUCUUCUUCACUCCUAUUGUCCAUCUCCUUAUGGUUUUCCCAAGAAUGGAGGAGAUGAAAUGCUGCAACAAUUCUGGGAUGAAGCAGAAAUUCAGGGCAACAUGAGUACUUUCUCCACAGGAAAAAUGGGAUUUGUUGUCCCACCUUUUCAGCAACAAACACACAAUCCAUCAUAUCAAUGUAUGGAUCAGAUUGAUUUUGGGCUCCCAUAUGGAUUAACUGAGCAGGCCAAGGGCUUUGUGACCAAUUAUGAUAAUGGUAAUAAUAACAACAAUAAUAAUAGUAAUAAUAGUUAUAUAAUGAUCAAGCCCACCAGAAAAAGAAGUGAAGACAACUGUUUUGCUGUUCCACAGUUCAAUCCACAUCUCAGUGUCUCUGAGAGAUCAACAUCUUUUUAUUAGUCACUAGCUUAGGAUUCCAUUUGCUCAAAUCAGUGUUUUGAUUGUUUUGUAUUGGUGUAGUCUUUUCCCCUUUUCUUGUUCCAUUGGAAUUGGGUUAUCCUGACUAGUGUAUUUAUUAUUUAUUAUCCCUUUUUC